AUGGCGAUGAUGACUGGCCGUGUGCUGCUGGUGUGUGUCCUCUGCGUGCUGUGGUGCGGUGCCGGCGGUGGCGAUGCCGAUGGCAGUGCGGUUGAGUAUUCGCUCUUGCGGUGGCACGCUCAGCUGCGGAGGGAAUGCGCGGAGGAGGCCGGCAGGAGGACAGGAGGCGAGGCGAAUGCGUCCGCCGUUGGGGAAUGCCUCCGUCAAGGGAUGGACGGCGUGCGUGCCGUUGUGGAUGGCCGUCGUCGUUGGAGGCCUCAGCGGUAUGCGCUGGUUGCUAAGGAUCCUGAAGAUGGCCCCACCGAAGCUAUCUCCGUUGGAUCAACGCUACCACUGCUGGUCCAGGAAACGCAAGGCACUUUACAGGGCUUGGCAUUGAGAGAUCAAGCGAAAUCUUCAAAAGGAGGUGCAGGAGGGGGAACAGAAUUGGGAUUAGAGCAACCGCAGCCUGAAGAACCGUCCGUCACCAAAUAUAAGGAGUUAGACGUACGGCGGGAAUUAAUGGGCGAUGAAAACAGGAGUGUGCCCGAGAGAAAAGCGUUAGUUGGUUCAGAUCUAAAGGACUCCAAGGCGAUGAAAGUACCGGCGAAUCAGCCGGAGGUGGAUGCUUUAUCGCCUUCUUCAAGUGAUGUUCGUGCCGCUGACAUUCCGGGAGGAGUAUCCUCUGAUUUGUCUUCUGAAGUUUCUCGAUCGUCUGAAGCCAGCGGAAAAGGAGGAGGCGACCAACAAAAAAACACAAGUGUGGCCGCAAAAACAUCAGCAGCAGCUCCAUCAGCGAAGGAAUCAUUUCACACCGCAUCGUCACCAGCGAAGGAGGACACAGAAAGCACGCAGCCAGCCGACGUCCUUCUGAAACAGGGCAACAUACCAACAGCAGGUGCCACACAAAAUGUGACAACCGAGGGUCAGGAAGAAACAACAUUAUCAUCUUUUGCGGCGGAUGACGAUAAUGCUGUCACCAAUGACGCUGACGAGGACAAUGCAGAGAAUUCGGGCGAUGAUUUAGCAUCUCGUGCCGCGGUGACGGACGAAAAACAACAACAUCAACGAGAGGAUGGCAGCGAGAAAGAAACAGCACCAGCAGCAACGCCACAAGUAAAAAAUGAAGACCCCGGCUCUGCAGAUGUCGUCUCAGUGCAACAGGUACAGAAAGCUCAAGGCGGCCGGGAGUCAGGGAGUGAGUCAAGAAAAGAAGACAGUGUUCUCACCACAAGCAAACAAAAGGAUGGAACAUAUGACAGCCAUGCCGAAUCAACUCCAACAUCACGCUUGUCAGAGAAAAGUGUUGCCGCCAGUAAUGGCCCUGACGAGGCUACUGAGGAGGAGAUUUCCAAUAAAAAUACGGCAGGUGUUGACGCAGUACCAGAAGCAGCACAAGAUGAUGGAAAUAAAGAUGACGGUGCAAAAGAAACACCAAUAAAAACCACAGCUAUUGCAAAUGAUACGACUCCGACUGGCGACAGUGACAGCAGCACCGCGGUCUCCCAUACCACCUCCCCUCUUUUGCUUCUUCUUGUUGCGAGUGCUGCUACUGCGGCAGCGGCGGUGGUGGCCGCGUGA